ACUCUGCGCUGCUCUUCAACAGAGCGAGCGCCCGUGAGCCGAAUUCGAACGCGCGCAGGGAAUUUCCCGCAAAUCACUCGACGGGCGCGGGCUUGUCAUGUGACCAUGUAGUCAAUAGAGUUAUGUAAGAAUACUGCCGACGUCUGGCGCACUGAAUUGACAACGCAACGUAAUUCAUUUGACAAACGCUCUUAUUCUCGACGAUUGAUUGUAUUUCAUGUCGGCCUACUCUGUCGCAAAUCUGUUUCGGGCUAGUUGUUGUAUACAGACUUCGACUAAUACCUUUUCGUUAUACCAGCAGGGUGAUACGUAAUCUUGCCUUUCGAAGACGAAAUUUGGUGUCUGCUGAGCUGAGAGUGAGACUGACUGUGACACUGACAUUCUGUUCUUCUAUUUCUCUGAGAUUGACUCUAACUCUGAGUCAGUGAUGACAGACACUGCACUGUGAAUCAAUCACUUGCUUUUCAGACCCUGUGUCUUCACCAUGGAAUCUUGUCCCUGUAUUACAACCACUUGUAUCCUGCUUCUACUAACUCUACAUUUAUCUUUUUGCAAAGCUGCCACACCAUGUCAUGAACAGCGCUUUCCAGGAGGGGAUACUUUUGUAUGUGUUUGUAACUCCACCUACUGUGACACGGUAGACAACUAUGAGCCACUUCAGUCUGGCUUCUAUACGGUCUAUACCUCUAGUAAUACAACAGGAGAUCGUCUCGCAAAGAGGACGUAUCCAAUCUCAAAGUCAUCCAACUCUUCAGGUUCAGCCAUUACGAUCAAGAUUGAUAAAUCCACCAUAUACCAGUCAGUGAUUGGGUUUGGAGGAGCUACUACUGAUGCUGCAGCAAUCAAUGCAUUCAACCUCUCUCAAAGUAGCAGACAGAACCUCAUCAAGUCAUACUUCUCCCCAAAUGGUAUUGAGUAUACUGUAAGCCGUGUUCCCAUUGGUUGUACUGAUCUAUCUACUCAUUACUACACUUAUGAUGAUCACCCAGGGGACUUUAAUCUUCUCAACUUUUCACUAGCUAAAGAGGAUCUCAGUUACAAGAUCCCUUUUCUUCAAGAAGCGAUGAAUAUGUCUGGUCGUGAUAUCAAGUUCUAUGGGAGCCCCUGGUCCCCUCCUGAGUGGAUGAAGACCAAUAAUGAUUACCAUGGAGCAGGUCAGAUCAUUGGCAAUCCCGGGGAAAAAUACUUCAAAACUUGGGCAAACUAUUUUGUCAGGUUUCUCCAGGAAUACGGUAAGCACAACGUGACUUUCUGGGGUGUGACGGUGGAGAAUGAACCGAUGGCAGGAGGAAUCAAGGAUUACCAUAUUCCAUCCUGUUUUUUCACCCCUGAGAUGGAAAGGGAUUUCAUCAAGCUUGACCUUGGACCUACUUUACACACCAAUGGUUUCGAAGACCUCAAGAUAAUGAUGCUUGAUGAUCAGAGAUUUGAAUUACCUGGAUGGCCUGAAGUUGUACUGUCUGAUGACGAUGCCAAGGCCUAUGUCUCGGGUAUAGGUAUCCAUUGGUAUUGGGAUAAGGACAUUCCUCUUCUCAAGCUAGACCUGACGCACAUGUACUACCCAGAUUACUUUAUGCUCUACACAGAGGCCUGCUAUGGAGGGCCGCCCAUCCUUGGCACCUGGGCGCAAGGUCAGGGCUACAGUCAGAGUAUCAUUGAGAACAUGAACCAUUGGGUGUCAGGUUGGGUUGAUUGGAACAUGGCUCUUAAUCUUCAAGGUGGACCAACCUUCAUUGGAAAUUUCCUCAAUGCUCCUAUCAUUGUGGAUGCAGAGAAAGAUGUCUUCUACAAACAACCCACAUUUUAUCACCUUGGACACUUCAGCAAAUUUAUUGUUCCUGACUCUCAUCGUAUACACCACACGGUGGAUUCAGACACAGAGGUAUUAAGCAUUGCAUUCCAGCUACCAGAUGAACACACCUAUGCAGUAAUCCUUCUAAACCAGGAAGAUCAAGCUGUGGAUGUGACAAUAUCUGACCCUGAUGUUGGGUACAUCAAUGCUAGGAUACCAGGACAAUCUAUCCAGACCUACCUCUGGAGUGACAACUAAAAUCAUGGCAGGAUCUAACCUCACACCAGGGUUUGCAUCAAACCCAGGGCCAUGAAGGCAAUUGUCUUCGCUGUCCACCUCAGUUAUCUUGCUGUCCUCAAAAUUCUCUCUUUACUGGCUGUGAUUCUAAGGUGAUUUCUCAAAAUUCUUAGCCCUCCCAUGUGAUUGUAUACUGCGAGGGUUGCCUAUUACAGACAACUUUUGUUUAUCAGUCAUAAUGUAUCAAUGUUAAGACAAAAUUAUUCAUAAAUUAUUGCAGGGCCAUAUUUGUCUCUUUGUCCUGUGCAUUAUGAAAUCUAAGACUGCAAGAUUAAGUUCCAAGGUGGUGACACCAACCAUAAAACGAUGGUGAUCAACUUUAAAUAUAAAUCAGAAUGUGAAAAGUAGGAAAACAAAUAUAGUGUUAGAAUACUCAGUAAAGGAUUAAAGCACAUGAGAUCAAUUCAACUGGAUAGGCACUUAUUUCUUUUGUUCAUGUGGAGUGUCGACUCUGGUUGAUAAAUGCAUGCCAUCAUUUGUGACAGCAGUCCAUUGUAGCUGACCAAAAUUUAAUGGGUGUAUUUCCAAUCAACUAAAAGUUUUUUUCUAUUCACUGAUAAAGGGGAAUCAGCAUUGGUGAUAAUUGAUUUUAACUGGUAAAUUUUUUAUUCCAGACAAAAGCAAGUCUGCAUUGUUAACAGUAGUCCAUUCUAGCUGGUAAAUUAUGAAUGGCGGUAUUCCAAGCAACUCAAAAUGUUGUGUGUACCAGUCAAUUCAAAAUCUCUCUACCCCAAUGAAAAAGCAAACCAACAUUGAUGCAUAUGUGCCAAGUAAUACUGAUUUUCCGUAUUUUGUUCGGUAAUCAAUAUAUGGGAGUACACUUUUACACGGUAAAAAUAAAACUUCAAUUUUGCGACUUGUGUAACGUCCGUGUUAGUCAUUUAUAUUGUGAUUGUCUUGUGUAACCUUCUGUAUUAGCAUGGAAAUGUGAGUCCUAGUUAUGAUCUGGGAUCAUAAUUUUUUUGUAAUCCACCUUAAUUUAUAUCCUUGGGAAGUAAUUUAUUUUUCCAAAAGACCGUUUUAUUUCUUGCCUCUGUCUCUGUUGGAAACAAGACAGGAAUGUGGCCUAACCGCCACCAUAGCCCAGCCGCGCCGCGCUAAUGAAAUGGGGUUUUGGGGGCCACGUGGAAAAAUGCAGAUUUUUUUGCCAAAGUACUAAUUGUUAGGUGGAAGAAUACUGAAAUUGUGCAUUAAAACUUGGCAGCUCUGUUGGUGACGAUUUUUAAUUCCUUUGUAGCCAGUAAAUGAUUAAUAAUGGUGUUCCAAUCAACUCAAAAUGCAGCUUACAUGUAUGUUUAUUUUUUA